AUGAACAGAACGUCAGUGAAGCAUCGCGCAUUCACCAUUGAACCGAUGCGUGAUAAAGGAAUCACUUCCGUACCUGGAAUUGGGUCGGCAUAUAGUGCUAAACUUUCUGAAGCUGGAUUCAGUAAGAAUAAUGCUGGAACUGUCCUCACACCAAUGCGAGUAGUCGCGUUUCAAAGCUUUUCAUCGUGGGAAUACCAGUAUUCGCCAUUGACGGAAGUUGGUGCAACGCACAUAGUAUUCCCUCUGAUUUGCUCUGCUAGAUGA